CUGAGUGGUGGAGAGCUCCAAACUUGAGGUACCGCUUGAAGCUGCCUGACGGGAUAGUGCAUCAAGUCCAACGUUACGCACUUUCAGAUCGCCAAUACUUUAUUCUACACCCCGCAAUCCCUAAAAGUGCACAGAUACCUAGCUAGCUACCUCUUAAGCUACCUGAUUAAAACUUAACCUCGUGGUCCUAUCGCCAGUAAGAUUAUCUUCGAUCCCAAUAGCUGCGCCUUCAAGAUGUCCAACUUAAAUAAUUAUAUCAACAAGAAGGUCCUGAUAAUUACAGCUGACUCUCGAACCCUGGUGGGGAAUCUAUUGAGCUGUGACCAGAUGACCAACUUGGUCCUUGGACAAACCGUCGAGCGCGUCAUCCGAACACCCGACGAUACGGAACCAUCUACCGAAGUCCCCUUGGGUCUUUACCUUGUCCGGGGAGACAAUGUUUGCGUGGUGGGCUUAGUAGACGAGUCUCUUGACGAUAGUAUCAACUGGGAACAGGUAAAGGGUUCGGCAAUCGGUGGUAUUAAACACAUAUAGGAGUCGGUGGCGGCGGCGGCGGAUCAUGCCCUGAAACACAUGCUCUUGAUACCUUGAGAUUUCACUUCUGGC